GGAGUGCUAAUAUAUAUACAAAUACUACCCAUUUGUCGUAAGAGUUUUCCUUUCUGAAAAUAUAUGUAUGUACCUUUUUAUAUAUGUUUCUAAUAUAUUCGCAGGACUGUUAAGCUUAAUGUUAUUAAAUAGCGUAUCAGCAAAUGGGAAACAUUAUUCACUUGGUAACAACAUUCAAUAAAUAAUGGCAGAUACUGAGGAGAUACCUAUAACUGAAAAGGAAAAUUCAAAGAUUUGUAUUCUCUUGAACGCUACUGGGAAUGUUCCAAUAAUUAAGAAACGCAAAUGGACCGUAGAUCCUAACAAAACUGUGAGCUGGAUACAAAAGUUUAUACACCAGUAUCUAAAACUAGAUGCCAGUGAACAAAUUUUUCUUUAUGUGAAUCAGACUUUUGCGCCUGCACCUGACCAAAUUAUCAAAAAUCUUUACGAGUGUCAUGGAACUAAUGGCCAACUUGUCCUUUAUUAUUGCAAAAAUCAAGCCUGGGGUUGAAAAAUCAAUCAAAUACAGUUAGGCCGUAAGGGUUAGAGUUAAGUUAGCACACAUACACAUUCUAUUCACGAUAAUAAUUUUACAAAUUUAUAUAAAUUUCUAUUAAAUGCAUAAAUACUUUUAAAACGUUUGAAUAAAACAAUUUAAUUUUAGUGCAAUACUAUGUAUUUAUUCAAACUAUAAUUUGUAUACAGAACACUGCUUGAAAAAUUGUUUCGUUAUUAUUUGCCCCUUAUCGAUUCCAA